UACUGUUCCAUGAUGUCCUGCAAAGAGAAACCGCUUCCUUCUCAGACUCGUCAUACGGGCUUGGCAUGGUGAAUAAUACACAGAACAGUUUGUGCUUUCUUUAUAUGGUUACCAAGUUUCCUCAACUAUAAAGUGAAACGGCUGUACCGGGACAAUGGCUAACUCCAGUCUGAGGUAAGACCAGCAUAAAAAAACCCGUGCGUUACUUUACUUAAUAGUUUGUCAAAAAUAAAUACACAUAUGUGGUCUCAUACUGUUUUGAUGCAUGUAGUCUUUAUUCCAGUCAACUUGAUUGUGUAACAUGAUAAAAUAAUCGUAAUCAUCCGAAAAUAUUAUUCUUUUAUAAAGUUCAUGAGUUUAGACUUAAGACACAGAUAACCCAAUAUACAAUAUAAAUGACGUGAAAUAUAACAUUUUAACCUGAAGAUUUUUUAAAAUAUUUUUAUGUGGACAGAUAUUUAUUCACUGCUAUUUGUGUGGACAGGAAGGUUUUUAAAAACAAAUUCCAAUACGGUGGAAAAAGUACACAAAAUAUGACAUAAGGAAGAACGGGCUGAAAAAGCUUCUGAAUGAACUAACGACAAUCUCUCACCACACCCAAACUGAUCACACAGUCAAUAUUUUUUGGAACGUAGCCACAAUAAGGGCUGUAUCGUAUUACCUCAUCACCACCUGAUCUCGUGUACCAAUAAGAACUCGACUUGUAAACAUUUAGCAAGAAGGAACGCAUUUUACCAUGCAGGUCGCAGGUCUUAAUUUAGCAUGAAUUACAUUCAUGAAUUUAAGGUAUUAAGUGUGUUAAAUGAGAAUUUUACAUCGUCGGUUUUAGUCGAACACGUUCUUAAUUUUGGUGUUAUUUCAAUAUGUAGAAGACAGCAAAUGGUUUAUCAGGAAACAUGUAGAAUUAUCCAAUCACGUCAGGAAAUGGAGGCUGAGACCGAUGCACAUGCCGGAGGAACAGCUUCAGGACAGUCCGUGUACAUAAUCCAAAACACAAGGCAAAGGCUUCGAUCAGGCAAUCAGCAAAGAAGAUGAACUGGAUAAGGAUAAAACAGAAAUGUAAUGUUUGUAGGCCGUGUUGCAUGCUGAGGACUGGAGAUUGUUGACGGGGUUGAUCUGGCACGUGGCGUCACGCAUAUUGGUACAGACCAAGAACUUCAGUUAAUGUUCACAUCAAACAUCAAAAAGGGGGAAAAUAUGAUCUUUGAGCAUGGCAUGAUUGUUGGUACAGGAUGGAAUAAUGGUAAAUGGUCUGCACUUAUAUAGUGCUUUUUAUUGGUUCUCAUUCACACACACACACACACACACUAAUGUGUACAUGGUAGCAGAGCUGCCAUGCAAGGCACUAACUGGCCAUCGGGAGCAACUUGGGGUUCAGUGUCUUACCCAAGGACACUUCAACAUGUGGAGUCACGUGGGCCGGGAAUUGAACCGCCGACCCUACGAUUAGUGGACAACCCGCUCUACCACCCGAACCACAGCCACCCCACGGUGGUGCGAGUAUUUCUCAAUGUUAGGAUAGUGGGAGUUCCAGAGGGCCCUGACACCUGUACAACUGCUGCUGUAGCGGCCUUGUUAAAAGAGACGUUUGGUCUGGAGAAGGAGCCGGUUUUGGACCAGUCCCACCGGACCUUUCAGCCGAAACCCAAACCUGGUGAACGACCAUGAGCUAUUGUGUGCAGGUUCCACUAUCACAGUGACUGUGUUGACAUUUUACGCCGCGCGAGAGAGCUCCAGCGGAUUAAAGUGAUGGAUUUGACCAUCUCCGUUUUCCCUGACUACACAGCCAAGACAGCCCGGGCCCGGGCUGCGUUUAACGAGGUUCGGCGUCAACUUCGUGGUAUUGCGGGCGCUCGCUAUGGAAUACUUCACCCAGCUCGGCUUCGCAUUACAUAUAACGGUGUCCAGAAGGACUUUAUUUCAGCGGAGGAAACAGGAGACUAUGUUAAACUCUUGAUAUCGGGGUGAACUGCAUCACCUACACAGCGGAGUCUUUUUCGCUCUUCUUUUAUUUUUUGCACUCGGCCUUCCAGCUCCACAGAAUUCAGAUUCUUAUUGAAGAUAUCGUCGUUGCAUUACUCCACCUAGAUUUUGUGGACCUACUCCUCUUAAAUUUACUUCUGUAUUAAUGUGCUUCUCUGUUUUGAUACUCUGAUCGGGUUAGAGUUUCUGUUUAUAUAAUUUUAUUAGUGUUACCUCUUCGGCUUUACCUGCUACACUGUUAUUUGUUACAAGUCUUUAAAAGGUAAGGACGUUAUAUUUAUUAUAGUGUGCAGACUGUUUAUCAGUCUUGGUAAUUUUGUUGGUUAGUCCAGCUUACUCUCCGAGUUGUUUUCACAUUGUGGACAACGUUCGCUUUCUGUAGGAUACACUACUGUCUCAUUUGUUUAUGGAGACUUUGGAGGAUUGUGAGAGUAAGCAGAACAUGCCAAUGCUUUGAAGGAUGUGAUGUUAUUUAAUUGCGAAUCUGUUUUUAGAGGAUUUAAACCUAACAUGGUGAACAAAUUAUAUUAUAGAAUUCAGGCAAUUUUACUAGGGUUACCUCAUAUAGUGUAGCAAGUAAUAAUCUGGAAAGACCUUUGUAAUAUCAGUCUAAAACUGGAUUUAAAGAGAAGCAAAUUAGUAAAUGAAUCACAUGAAAAUGUAUCACUUGUAUAUGAAUCACAUGAAAAUGAAUCUCAUGAAAAUGAAUCAUACGGAAAUGAAUCACAUGUAAAUGAACCAUAUGAAAAUGAAUAAAUAAAUUAAAGACACAAUUAAAGACAUAAUUGCUUGUUUAAAAAAAGAAGAAAAAUGAGCAUGUACGUAGGAGAACAAAAUCUCUGAUUUAUUUUUCACGAUGACGUACUGAGGUCUUUUUAUAAAUCGAACUUUCUACAAAAUGGACGAUCAGAGAUUCACUUUUAACAUGUGGUUAAUGUUAUAUGUUUAUGCUCAGGUGUCAGUUGCAAUGGGAUGUGUGAGUGUUUACAAACGCUAUGACGAGAAUUGUAAUGUCAAUUAAAAAAACCACAAGCUUUUUGUUCUGGAAUUCGGGUGUGUUCAAAAGAAUAAAUCGAUACCUACCUGCAAGUUCCUUUUUUUAUUGAUUUGUUUUCAUUUAUUUCUGCAUUCAAGACUAAAAAAAAAAAUUAAAAAAAGAAAAAAAAAAAAAAAAAAAAAAAAAAAAACCUGUUCUGACCCCUCCCCCUCAAACAAUACUCCUAUAAUUACAGUGUUACCGUAACAAAAUAUUGUGUUCAGAAGUACGGGUGUAAAAGCUUAGUAACCAAUUCAUUGUUAUGUAAGCGAAUGAAUCUGCGAUUAUUUCCCCCUCCGAUGUCAGUAUGAACAGAGGUUGGGGUGGUAUUUUGCUCUAAUGUAACAGGAAACGUACUUGAUGAAGCUGAAAUGUAAAACACAGAGGAAUUACAUGUACUUCUGUCAUGUCGAGUCAGCGUUUAAAUCUUAAAAAGCAGUGAAGUUUUUGAAUUACCUUAUUGAUCCGUCGUGUCCUGCAAAGAGAAACCGCUUUUUUCUCAGACUCGUCAUACCGGCUUGGCAUGGUGAAUAAUACACGGAACAGUUCAUGCUUUUUUAAUCUUUUUAUCAUUUCCUCAACUAUAAAGUGAAACGGCUGUACCGGGACAAUGGCUAACUCCAGUCUGAGGCAGGCCAACACAAAUACAGGAAGGCAGAGGAAGAGGAACAUCAUCGUAAAUGGAGAGACUUGCUCUCAGAAGGAAGAGAAACCACCAGUUCCUUCCCAGAAGAAAAAGAAGAUAAGAAUGACCAUUAGUAAGAUCUUCAUCAACAUUUCCAUCGGGUUGUGCAUUUUCAGCCUCGUCUGGUUCUCCUACACCCUGUACAUGCGCUCGGCCUUGUCCAGGAGAGCAGUGACGCUUCAUCCUUCACCUCGGGUCUUAGAUGCAAACAGCACCACCGCCGCCGUGUCUCCCGAGAGGUUCUGGGGCUCUUAUCGGCCGCAGGUUUAUUUCGGCAUGAAAACAAGAAGUCCGAAAUCUGUCGUUACAGGCUUGAUGUGGAUGAGUCAAAUCUUGGACAAUGACGUGAAGCUGAGGCACACGUGUGAGCAGGGGGAUGGAUUGAGUUCCUUUGGCUGGCUGAUGCACGACGGGGUUAAUUUUGGCAUGCAGCAGAUCCGGGACACCGAGUUCACCCUGACGACGACUUUCGUGAAACGCCUGGGAGGGGAACACGGUGGGGACUGGACCUGGAGAAUCACAGGCAGGCAGCACAGCACUGCCCCUCAUGCGCCGGUCAUCUCACUGAUGUUCUACGUGGCUACAGAUACCCAGGGUUCCCUGCAAGCUCACAUAGAGAAUAGGACACGCCUGAGCCAUGUUACAGGCACUUCAGAGGAACUAGGAGACUUCAAAAUCACUUUCAAAAAACCUACCAACAGAGAGGAGGCUACCAAUAAAUACGCCAGCUAUAAUUACUUGCAGACGCUGAGCCCUGGUCUGGACCAAUUAACAGACAUCGUGAAGAACAGCCUGAGUCGCAGAUUUGUUUUUAGUCCAUCCAGUGCCGAGAAGAGUCUUUACAUUGCUGUGGAUACCUACAGACCUCCUCUGCAAGCGCAAAAAGAUAACCGCGUCCAGAGUGACUUUGUGGUGCACCAGGUUACUGUCCAGGUUCCCUUCCAGAUUGAGGUUUUGUUUGAGUCUGGAAGUUUCCAUGACCGACCCAACCAGUUGAAGGGCUCGGUGCUGACUGAGGAGCUUACGAGGCUGAAGUUGUCUUACAAUGAGAAGUUUGAGAAGACGUUCGGACUUCAGAAUAAAGGGUUUACUCCAGCCCAGGUGAGGUUUGGCAAGGCUGCUUUAAGCAACAUGCUUGGUGGUAUGGGCUACUUUUUUGGACAGUCAGUGGUGCGGUCACCAUAUAGCGAGCACGCCAUAUUUUACCCAGAGGGUGCCUUGUUCACUGCUGUGCCCUCCCGCUCCUUCUUCCCAAGGGGUUUCCUGUGGGACGAAGGCUUCCAUCAGCUCCUCAUCCGUAAGUGGGACCCCCAGGUGACGCGGGAGGCUCUUGCUCAUUGGUUGGACUUGAUCAGUGUGGAGGGCUGGAUCCCACGUGAACAGAUCCUGGGUGAUGAGGCGCUCAGCAAGGUCCCUUCAGAGUUUGUAGUGCAGCACACUGAAAAUGCAAACCCUCCUACAUUCUUUCUUGUCCUGGAGGAGUUUUUGGAGCACCUUGAGGCGCAUCCAGAUGCACCACAGUUUCGGAAUUCUCUACCUUUCCUCCGAAGGUUGUACCCCCGACUGCAGACUUGGUUCGAGUGGUAUAACACCACUCAAGCUGGACCCUUGCCCAGCUCCUACCGUUGGCGUGGCAGGGACAAGGACACCAACCUCUUCCUCAACGCUAAGACCUUGACUUCCGGGUUGGACGACUACCCCCGUGCAUCACACCCUUCUGAGGAUGAAAGACAUGUGGAUUUGUACUGUUGGAUGGUGCUUGCAUCACGGACCAUGACGAGCAUGGCGCGACUGCUCGGAGAACCCCAUCAGGAAUACGAGCGCACCUACCAGACCCUCAGCAACAACAGCCUUCUGAGUGAGUUGCACUGGUCCGAGCAGCUUCAUGCCUUCUGUGACUACGGUAACCACACUCAGGCUGUAUCACUGCAGCAAGAAAAGGUUGUUGUGCCACCUGGACAGAUGAGGCACCAGUUACCAGUAAAACGCCUGGUGCGGUCAGUACGCAAAGCCCCAAAGCUUCAGUACGUCAAUGCGCUUGGCUACGUUAGUCUGUUUCCAUUCUUGCUUCAUGUCCUGACACCUGACUCCCAAAAACUCGAGCACAUUUUGAAAGACAUUCAAGAUCCUGCUCGCUUGUGGACACCCUAUGGCUUGCGCUCACUUUCCCGUUCAGACCCAAUUUAUAUGAAGCGCAAUACAGAGCACGAUCCCCCUUACUGGCGUGGUGCUAUAUGGAUCAACAUCAACUACCUGGCACUAAGGGCGCUGCACCAUUACAGCAGUAUAGACGGACCAUACCAGGAGACGGCUUCUGACCUCUAUCAAGAGCUCAGGACUAACAUCAUCAAUAACAUUUACAAACAGUACCAUGAGACUGGAUAUAUCUGGGAACAGUACAGUGACAGCACAGGUCGGGGACAGGGUAGCCACCCUUUCACAGGCUGGUCAGCUCUGAUUGUACUCAUCAUGGCUGAAGAAUACUGACUCCCCUGCAGGUGAUAUACAAGCCUUUUAUACAGUAAAUCAAACUUUCACCAAAAUGAAAUAUCAGAAAAAAUAUUUCAGUUUUCAAACUUCUUUAACGUGAUAAAUCUAUGCUCAGGUGUGAAUUGCAAUGGGAUGUAAGAGCAGGGUAUGGAAUUCUGGUGUGCUCAAGAGAAUAAAUCAAUACCAACCAGCAAGAUCCUGUUUUUUUUUUUUUUCCUAUAUUGAACAUUGAAAGACUUCAAAAAAGAUUGAAAACUGCUUCAGAUCAGAUUGUCAAAAUGUUAAAAAACAACCUUUAAUCAGAUGUUGAAAUUGGCUCAAUUAAAAAGAGAUUUUAAAUUUUAACCUCACAUAACCUCAUGCAAAUCCCAAGGCAAGAAAUAAGGCGGUUUCUAGCAACCCCUUCCUGACCCAUGGUACGCACUGAAGCCAGAUCUUAAGGUUUUUGACAGUCUUCAUGGAUAAAGCUGAUUGAGCAAGCUCAACCAACAACAAUGAAACUGUAGCGCUUAGCCCAGUCCAUGACAUUGUCUCUCCACCCUGACGAGUGAAGGCCAACAACUGACGUCGACUGACCGAUUUUUUUGUUGCACAUUGUUUCCAUGGAGAGUCGUUGUGGUAGACGUGCAGUUCAUGAGAUUUUAAUACAAUGC